CGUGUCAUAUAUCAUAAACUAUUGUAUGAGAUUGAUUUAUUUCUCGACAGGUGACAUUACUCUGUAUUUUGUAUAGUGGGCUACUGGGCUAUAUUAUAUAUAAUAUAAAUGUAUAUUUAAAACAUAUGGACCUAUCAAUGUUGCACUUUAUAUUCAUAUUUACUAUUCAGUGUUGUCUAUACUCUGUCAGUUUGUAGUUGUGCUGUAUGUAUUCAGUAACUGUGUUUGCUGUUGUGGUUGUGGGAUGGGCCGCUGCAGUGAUGAGAGAAUGAUCGAGCGCGAGCAGCGGCUCAUCACACACACACACACACACACACUGGCCGUGUCAUGUCACGCAGGGCAGAACCAAUGCUCUGAUCUUCACGGACGACGACAUGUAUUAGUGACCACAUUAUAAAUCGCACGGAGAUGGAGAUGUCAGGGCCAAGUGUAAGCCGACAUGGUCGAACAGUGAAGAGGAAACGGUGGGGUGGACUGAGGCAGCAAUUGAAACUGCUGGGUCUGUUUGAGAUCGACCAGCAGCAUGAGUUCUACAGUCUCACCUGUAUGAUGAAGGAAGGGCUGUCUGCCGCUGUGCAGAACAACCCUUUACGUGAUGAGCUGUGUGAAGAUGACUACAAUUUUGAGUUUACUCAAAUCCAUAAGGACUUCAGGAUGGAUACGUAUGCUGGGCCGGUGUUUUCCAGUCUGCGGCGCUCCCUGGGGAUGACAGAGAAGGAAUACCAGCAGUCCCUCUCUUCCGAAGGCUGCUACCUGCAAUUUAUCAGCAAUUCUAAGAGCAAGGCAGACUUCUUUGUAACUAAUGACAAGCGGUUCUUCUUAAAGACACAGAGUAAACAAGAAGUGCGAUUUCUCUUGACUAACUUGAGAAUCUACAUGGAACAUCUGGAGAAGUAUCCACACUCUCUGCUCGUCAAAUUUUUGGGUGUUCACAGAAUUAAAAUUGCACAUCAGAGGAUGAAGUACUUUAUUGUGAUGCAAAGUGUAUUUUACCCUGAUGACAGAAUCGCUGCAAGGUAUGAUAUAAAGGGCUGUGAGAUGAGCCGGUGGACAGACCCAUCCCCUGAAGGCAGCCAGAUCAUUGUUGUUUUAAAAGAUCUUAAUUUUGAAGGACAGUUCAUUCAGUUAGAUCAACAGCGUCCUUGGCUCCUGCGUCAGGUGGAGAUCGACACAGCCUUUCUUCAGACACUCAAUGUGUUAGACUACAGCCUCCUGCUGGCCCAUCAGCCCCUGCACCAGGAUGAACUCAGCGAGAAUCUCUCUUUGGGAACACUCAUCAUGCGUACCAAAAAGUCAGUGAAUGCAGCAUCCAGUCCUUCACAUGCUGCAGAGGAAGACUCCGCACUCUCCGCAGGGUUAAAUUGUGCAACAACACAGUGUCAGACAACAGAAAUGCACAGUGGCAAUGGAGGAAUGGACAGUACAAGCCUUGAGGGAGACAAAAUUGAGCAAACCAGUUGGAUGGGAACAGAGUCAGCCAAUCUACAAGAGUUGCAGGCCCAGAACCGGAGACUGCUUCCCAACAUCAAGAACCCGCUUCAUGUCAUUGAUGGAUCAGAGCAUCGUUACUUCAUUGGAAUUAUUGACAUCUUCACUGUUUAUGGUUUCAAAAAGAGGCUUGAGCAUUGGUGGAAAAGACUGAGAUACCCACAGCAAACAUUCUCCACAGUCAGUCCUCCAGCUUACUGUCACAGGCUGUGCCAGUGGGUUCAGGACCAUACCAAAUAAAAUAAGACCGCUUGGAAAAUAGAAGGCAGCUUUUAAGUUAACCAUUUUGAAGUAUCUGUUAAUGAAUAGCUUUGUUUAAAUACAUACGUUUGCUAAUGAAAGUACUUGUUUAAACACUGUUCUUGCAGAAAAUGCAAAAGUUAAAAGUUGUAUUCAUUUACAAUUAGACGCGCAAGUAAUGGUGCAGUGACCAUUGUAUAAUGCAGAAGAUACAUAGGCAUGAAAACAUGAAUAUGUUUAAUGAAUUGUGUUAAACUGAUUCAUUGAAAAGUACAUUUUGACCACUUAAUAACUCACUGCUCAGAAAGAAAGGAUUUUGAGAGUCAACUAGAUGGUAAAGUUCAUAGACAAACUUUAAGUUGGCUUGAAAAAGCCUAGCCAGAAAGUUUUAAAAAGUUUAAAACUGUUGUAGCAUGGUUUAAAACGAUUUAUCAUGUUUCUAUGGCUAACACAUUGCUAGCAUGAUUUAGUAUGUUUUAACGUGACCAUAGAUGGAUAGAGAAAGAAAGAUUAGAGAUAGAAAGACAUAAAAAAGAAAGUUAGAAGAAAGAAAGAUUAGU